GAGAGAGAGAGAGAGGGAGGAGCUGCAAGAUAAGUGCGUGCAUUUACUUUUUAACGCGAUUUCCCCUCGGCUGCCAAAGCAAACACGCUGCGGGCGUGCAGGCGAGCGAGCAGAGCAGUGCGCGCAGAGUGGAAAGCUGUCACUUUUGCAGCUUACACAACACCAUUGUUGGUGUUGUUUGUUCGAGUCUCUUCUUUUUCUAAUUGUAUGUAUUUAUUUUGCUCAUGGAUAAACGGAUUUGCUCCCCCACGAACUCCUCACACAGAAUGAUGAAGAGCUGAGGAACCCGACGGAACCCGACAGGACCGGCGCCGUGACUGCAGGCAAAGUGGACCGGGCCCUCGCUUCACAAACAGUAACGUCACUUUAAGGCUUCUUGGUCAUCUUUGCGGAGUUUCUCAUCAUUGAUUGGAAACGCCCUCAAUCCAGCAGCUGGCUCAUCUCACGGGGACGGCAUGAUGGCGGCGUACGGACAGACCCAGUACAGCCCCACCCUCCAAGCCGCCGGACCCUACGCGCCUUACGCGCAUCACUCCCAAGGCUACAGCGUGCCGUCCUACAACAUUAAAACCGAGGAGGGCCUGAGCCACUCGCCGGGCCAGACGGGACUUUUGGGCUACUCCAACUUCGGCGGCGCCCCCCCAACGCAGAGCCUGUACGGUUACUCGCACACACACGGUGCGGGCAUUUCCUCGGGCAUUUUCCAAGGCGGCCACGCCAUCUCCGCGUCCGCGCCCUUCAACCCCACGCAGCAAGAGUUUUCAUCGUAUUCGAGCUACAGUCAGAGUCAGUACUCGCCGUACUACAACUCGCAUCACUACAACAGUCCGUACCUGAGCGGCAGCAACAUUAGCCCCGCCUCCAUCGGCGCCCCGUUAGCCUAUCAGCACCCAGAGCACCCCGUCAUGUUACCCAAUCACAGCCCAGAGUCUCACACCGGGGAGUACCACCCGCCGCCCAGCCCCCCCACGCCAGGUAAAGAGGAGGGCGAGAGGGGCACAGUGUCUAUGCGGAGGGGGUCCGACGGGAAGUUGAGGGGGAGGAAAAAAGUCAGUGACCCGGUGCCCCCUUUGGAUGCUGACAUUGAGCGGGUGUUUAUCUGGGACCUGGAUGAAACCAUCAUAAUUUUCCACUCGCUCCUCACAGGGACCUUCUCCUCCAGAUUUGGCAAGGAUUCGUCCAAAGCGGUUUCGCUGGGUUUGUGGAUGGAGGAGAUGAUCUUCAAUCUGGCCGACUCGCGACUCUUCUUCAACGACUUGGAGGAAUGCGACCAGGUUCAUAUCGACGAUGUGGCAUCCGACGACAACGGACAGGACCUGAGCACGUACAAUUUUGCGACCGACGGCUUCCAGAGCCCGGCGGGGGCCGGCUCCCUGUGCCUGGGCUCGGGGGUCCACGGCGGGGUGGACUGGAUGAGGAAGCUGGCCUUCCGAUAUCGCCGGGUCAAGGAGAUUUACAACUCCUACAAGAAUAACGUCGGAGGUUUGCUGGGCAGCCCCAAGCGGGAAGAGUGGCUCCAGUUGCGACGGGAGAUGGAGGUCCUCACCGACCUGUGGCUCACCCAAGCGCUCAAAGCUCUGGCUCUCAUCAGCACCAGGCCCAACUGCGUGAACGUGCUGGUGACCACCACCCAGCUGGUCCCGGCGCUGUCCAAAGUGCUGCUGUACGGUCUGGGGGCCGCCUUUCCCAUCGAGAACAUCUACAGCGCCACCAAGAUCGGCAAAGAGAGCUGCUUCGAGCGCAUCACUCAAAGGUUCGGGAGACGAGCCGUCUACGUGGUGGUCGGGGACGGAAGCGAAGAGGAGACGGUGGCCAAGAAGAAGAACAUGCCGUUCUGGAGGGUGUCCUGCCGGGCCGACCUGGAGGCUCUGAGCCACGCACUGGAGCUGGACUACCUGUAGAGGGCCGACGCCUCCCCCCCUCCCCCCACCCCGCACCACACCCAGGCCACCAGAAACUUCUGAACUCUUGAGCAAAAUAAACAGCGUCGCCGAGUCAAGUCGGCGUUUGAAAACGACCAAAACGAAAGCGGCUAGCGGACCAAAGCUUCAGCGCCAUCGCCGGGGAACUCCUGCAAAUCUCUCUUUUUUUUAUUCCCCCUUUUCUUUCAUUCAAUUCAUCUCACUUUCAAAAAAAAAAGACAUCUCUUGAUAUGAUUCUUGAUUUGAAGUCCCUAAAAUACACAUUUUUUUUUUUUCACAGUACACGUACCGAGGAAGUGACCCUUGUUAGCGCUGCGCUAAGCGUGUUUGUUGGGAAAAUAAAAAAUAGCAUCGUAUAGAAUAGAGGCGACCGUUUUAAAUGUGAGUUAUUUAUUAUCAGUCACGAACAUUGUCUUAAAAAAAAAAAAAAGAACGAAACAAACGGAAGAGAUGGGACAUUUGUGCUUCCUCGUUACGGGAUGUAAAUGUUUGUACGCGUUUGCGCUUUUGAACCUUCCUAAUCGCCCGUUUUUUGUAAAUUAGACGGACUGUCGAGGUCACGCAUGUGCCUGUCAUUUUAGCCACCAUGACGACGAUGACGAUGAUGAUGAUAUGUAUAUAAUGCUUUUGUGCUCCCUUUGUUUUGACACACGGCUCA